AUGCCUAAAGUCCAGCGUAGCCCGCCCGUUUCCCCAUCCAAGCAGACACAAUCACAAACAGAAUCGGAUUCAUCGGCAGCAGAUAAGCCGCCGACGGGAAGUUAUAAGACAGCGGUUCGUUCAAAACGCUUACGAAUGGAAUUAUCGCCCCAAAGUAAUACCGAGAAUGAUUUGCAAGAUUUAAAAAAAGAGCUUAUGGUUAUGCUUACCUCAUGGAAAACAGAUCAAGAUGCCACAUUAUCAAAACUUGUUGCGGACAUAACAGCACUGAAAAAUCAAUGUUUUGAUAUACAAACAACAAAUUGCGGAAUCGAAAAAUCGAUAUCUUCUUUAGGUGCACAAUAUGAAGAAGUAAAAAAUAAGAUUGGAAAGUUGGAACUAGAGAAAAACCAGAAUACUGAAUUGUUAAUGGCGCUAGGAAAGCAAAUGGAUGAAUUCCAACAAUUAUCAAGAUCUUCAGCUAUUGAAAUCAGAAAUGUGACAGAGGAAGGGAAGGAGACUGAGAAGGAGCUUACUGAAAUUAUUAAAAAUCUUGGUUCCACCAUUAAUAUUAAUAUAGAAGACAAAGAUAUAAGAGAUAUAUACAGGCGCCCAGGAAAACCGGGGACGACUAAGGCGAUAGUAGUUGAAUUCAAUUCUGUACAAUUUCAAAACAACUUUCUUCAUUCCACCCGUCGUUUCAACAGAAACCGGCAGGCAUCAGAGAAGCUCAAUCAUGAGCACAUCGGAAAGUCGGGUGACAAGCGACCAAUCUAUGUGGAUGAGCACCUUCCCUACUCAACUCGCAAACUUCUGUUUCAAACCCGUGAAUUUGCAAAACAACAUAAUUUUAAAUUUUGCUGGAUAUCUAGGGGCAGGGUGCUGCUCCGCAAAGAUUCGAACACUAAAUAUAUACAUAUUAAGUCUGAGAAAUGUCUGCCUAAUCUUCUUACUUUUCUGUAG